CUAGGGGUGCAAAUACGUGCAAUUACAUCGUUAUCACCUAUGCAUGUUGUUUCUCACAAGGAGCACGAGUCUGUCGUGUAUCCUUCUGUGUUUCCUAUUUUGAAGGAUCCACCUCCCAUACCUUCGCCGCCACUCCCGUCCACUCCGUCACCAAAAGAACAUAUAAAGGAGGAGUGGCGGCCGAAACUGUAGGCAGCUAAGCCUGCUCGAAAGAAAGCCGGAGACCACUACGAGCUGGUCCCGCUCCCACCUUGGCCAUCCGAGUAUUCACUCGCUUGCAUCCUGACGGAUGGCCAAGUCGAGUUGGCGAAUGCUGGUGGCCACAUUCGUCGUGUGCAUGGCCACCAUUUGAAGCUGUACCUCAAGAGCGAGGUGGAUCCGCUCUUGAAGGCACCCGCGCCUACACCUCUCUGAGGAUCCACCUAUUGGCGUCCAGCUAAAAGACGAUAAAGAAGCGCUUGUGGGGAGGCAACCCUACCUAGGUUUGCAUUUUAUUACCUUUUUCCUUUUGAUUUUUCGUGUUUUUUGAGUCUUGAGGGGUUGUUCACGAGUUGUAUGUCGUUCUGGAGUGAAAACAGGUCAAUUUCGGAGUUCUGGCAGCCCACACGACCAGCCCUGAAAGUCACACGGCCGUGUGGAAUCGGGUUUUGGCUGUGUGUGCUCUCGUGAAUUUCCACACGGCCAGUUGUGAUUGUGACACGGUCGUGUGGAUUUGGACCCAGCCCGUGUGAGCUCUCGUCAAAAGUCACACGGCCAAAUGUGCUUUUUGCACUGCAGUGUGGAUUUCCUCGGCCUGCCCGUGUCGGCCGACACGGGCAUAUGUGCACCUCACACGGUCUUGUGAGCCUGCCCGUGUGGCCGAGCCCCGGGCUAUAAAUUCGGCCGACAUGGCCGAGUGGUCAGAAAAUCCAAAUUCUCUCGCCGGAAACCUCUCCCCCUCGCUGGAAAACUGCGACUUUUCGCCAUCCUUGUCAAUUUUCAGCUAUUUUUGGUCGGUUUUUCACAAAUCCAACAACACACCCACCCUUUCCUCCCCAUUAUCGGCCUAUCCCUCGAUUUUGAGGUGAUUUGGCUUGAUUUUGAGUCGUCGGAGGCGAUUUCCGGCGAGACUCCGGCGAGGCUCCGACGAGCACUUCCGGGCAGUUUUUCGGCCUUUCGUCGCUUCCAUUGCCUUCCCCUCAUCAUCCCCUACACCUCUACUUGAGUCUCCAGGUUUGAUUUUGACCUUAACCAUGUUUUUCAUGGAGAAUUGGGUGUUAGGGUGCAUGUUUAGAGAACCUCUUUGAAUCAUGUGAAUUGUGUGCAAUUGAUUGAGGGGAAUGCUUGGAUUAUGUAUGAAUUGUGUUGGGCAUUGUCCCCCUUGCUUGUUUGAGCCCUUGUGUGCAAGAAUUUUGUCCAUUUCAUGUUUACCUUAAUAGUGCACACAAAGUGUUCGAUGAAAUGCCUGUUUUCGUACCAUUUUGUGGGAGUCGGUUGGGACCCUUAAUGAUGUGCUUUGAGGGUGUGUUUGCUAUGGAUGUGAACCUUGAGUUGCCUACUUUUUCAUGGAUGUGCACCCCCACUCAGAUUAUGCUUGAUUUAUCGAGUUUUUGACCCCGAACUAUGGAUGAAACCACGGUUCGGCUGUUUUCUGUUCUUAAGUGUGGGGGUGUGAUUAACAUUUCCUUGCCUCUUUUGGUUCCACUCUGGGUUGUUCUUUUGCAGGACCAUGACGAAGCCCAACCUCAGGCACCCGUUUGUUCAAGAUUUGAGAAGGGGGCCCCACCAAGAUCAUUUUAAGAACGUCCUGGCCUGCAAGUUUGGGCAGCAUCAUUGCUGGUCCAAGCGAGAGUUUGAGAAGCUGAACUGCUACGAGCACUUCUCCUCCAUUGUCACCAACCGCCCCUGGCGCCGCCUACUCUGCACUCGCGAGAAGGUUUACCACGAGCUCGUGCUUGAGUUCUACACGACCUUUAAGCCCGCAGACAUGGAGGAUUGGAAGGACGGCAAAGCCAUCAAUUUCAGGCUCGGCGGUGUGGCCCGAUCCAUGAGCUACCACGAGCUGGCGACCGCCCUCGGCCUCGGCCUGGUCGAUGACAGGGACUACAUCACCGAGCUCACAGAGCUGGAGCGGGUAGACUUCAGGACACUGUACACCCACCUCGCUCGGCCAGGCCAGCGUCCCUUCUCGGCGGGGAAGACAAAGGCCAACACAUUGCAGCUCGACAACCGCAUUCUCCAUCACCUGCUGGCCAAGUCUUACACUCCAGCCUCGGACAGUGCCAGCGCCAUCACCAAGAGAGCCAUGUACUUCAUCCAGUCUAUGCGGCAGAGGGAUCAUCCCCUCCACUUGGGUUCGGUGGUGGCGAGGACCUUCGACAAGAGUGCUUCCGAGCUGAAGAAACUCCACUGCACUCCCCUCAUCACCCGCCUGGCAGCCUACUUCCAGAUAUCCCUGCAGGGGUGCACAAAGCAGGGAGACACUAGUGCCUUUGGCGAGUUUACAAUCGGUAAAAUGCACCUGCUUCAAGAAGAGCGAGGUGUUAAGUGGAUCGAGGGGUUUCCUCAACCUCAGAUCCCAGAAGAGGUCCAGCCGGAGGUUCCCGAGGGUGCGCCUGAUGAGGAUGUCCAUCCCGAGGAUGUGGAUGAUACUGCUGCCGCCCGACCCACCACCUUCGAGUACGGGGGUGGCAGCUCCACUUUCCCCGGCCAGGACUACUUCACUCAGCAGUUCGAGCAACUGCGUCUCCAGAAUCAGCAGCUCUACGACCAUCAGCUCCAGUUUCAGCAGCAGUAUUCGGCUCACCAUGCCGAGUACCCGACCCGGAUGGCCGCUUAUGAUGAGCGUUUGGAUCGGAUGGAGACCCAACAGGGUGUGACCCUGGCUCGUAUCGAAAGGGAGCAGGCCCGUUCUCGGCGCAUGCAGGAGGUCCAGCAGCACCUUCUCCAGCUGCUACCAGGUGCGCAGCCAGUCUGGAGGACUCCCUGGGAGGACUCUCCACCUCCACCUCCACCAGCUGAUGACGAUGAUGCAUUCAUGAAUGACAUUGAUCUGGACAACCUUGGCGACAAGUAGGUUGUACUUGUCGUCCCUCAGUGUGUGUUUUUGUUUUGACAGUCUCUUAUGCAUCUAGUUCAAGGAAUCAGAAUGAGAGAUAGAGCAUAUAGGUAGCCAUGUGAGAUUUGAGCCUGCUCGUUUCUUUCUUGUGCGAUAGUUCCCUCUUCCAUCAUGUGUAGCAUUCACGUUGUCAUUAGCUAAGAUGAUGGAGGCAUAGGAUUAGCCCACGACCAAAUUGACUGUCCUGGUGUGUCAUACCCCCUAGUUAGCCCCUUUGAGCCGUGUGUUAUCCUUUCUUUUGGUCUUCAAUGAAAAGUCACCCUUUUGCAUCUUUUAGAAGGUUCCACAGAGUGAUUUUCACAUGUUCUCUGCUGUUUCUGCUAAAUUUAAUGUGAAGAGUUGGAGGUAGUUCUUAAAAAGUUGGGCAGGUGUUUGAAAAUGUGCAGAGGUGGUGGUUCUCUUAAGAAAUGAAAAAAACUGAAAGAAAAACAAAGAAAAAAUGAAAGCAAAAGAGAGUCACCACCAAAAAUCUGAAUAGUGCCCAUUAAGUAGUGUUUCUUAGCAGUCUGGCUUAGAAAUACUGGUAUUUAUGUGACCUCCUUCGCUCUUGUUCUCUGAAGAAUUUGAGUAAUGCAGAAUAGUAGAAAGAAAAUACUGGUUUGAUUGACUGUGAGUUUGUUGGGUUUGGAAAUGUGGAACCUUGAGCUAAGAAUACUUCCACCACCUAAAAGGCCUUUUCCCCAUGUCCAAGACCCUAGCCAGUCAUUUGAACCUGUGUCUAAGACCUCCUGAUUAGUUAGUGAUGACAACCAUUUAUGUGAACUCUGACUUUUAGAGGCUGCCGUCGUGGUGAAGAGAUGUUAGGAAUUGAGAGAAUAAGUAUGCGCAUUUUUCACAUCAAAUUGUCCUGACCCCACUGGUCGAGAGUGAGUGAUUCAUUUCCUUGUUCUUUACACUCUUUACCCCGGUGAGGACCUAGAUGGCUCAGUCUUGAUUAUGAUAUCUUGAGUUUUAUGCAUGAGUUGAUUGUCUUGAGUAAGUGGUUGAGUCAAGUCUAGGUUGGUUGAUGAACAGAAGGGAGACUCCUCCUUUACUCGAUUUUGCUGCACUCGAAUGUCUUCUGUGGUGGUUGUCCAGGUUGUUAUUGAGGUUGUUCAUGUGUUGAUGUUUGAAAGCCAGUAUGAUUCACGUGUUUCUGUGCCUAUAUGAUUUGUCCCCAAUGUUGGUAUGGUUGAAAUAUGUAAGCUUACCUUGUGUCUGACUUGGUUUGCUUGGGGACAAGCAAACGGUUAAGUGUGGGAGAGUUUGAUAAACCGUUAAUUGCACA